AUGUCAGCCCCUCAGAUCCCAAAUCUAAAUACCCUUCGCAGAGGUGGGGGAGGGCUCCGAGGACGUCUUCCAGGGCGCGGUCGGGGAUCCAACGCUGCUCCUGACGCAACUCCUAAUGCCGGAAACACAGCGGGGAAGGAUCAAAUUGUGCAGAGCACCGACGGCGAUGCUAGUUUAUCUAGACUAAGCGCUGUUGAAUUGGGAUACUUAGAUGACCCAUUUGCGAGAAGUUUGACACCGGGUGGAGGGACGGCGUCAAGGAGAUUUCCCAUCAUUAAUCGAGGAACAUAUGUCCGAACAACUGCUAUUGACGAAUUGGUGGAUCGAUUUUUGGGCCACGCUGACGAUCAACACGCUACGAAGAAACAAAUUAUUUCCCUCGGCGCAGGGUCAGAUACACGCAUCUUUCGUAUUUGUGCGAAACAGCCAGCCUCAACAAUUGUAUACCAUGAGAUAGACUUUUCUGUGAAUACGGCCGCCAAAAUAAAGACUAUACGUUCCACACCGUCUUUACAAAAAACAAUACAUAUUAAUGAAGCUGCUUUGGAGGGGGGAGAAAGCGGGGGGGUUACAAUAUCUCUCGCUGGGGACACUCUGCACUCACCUUCUUAUCACAUACACCCGAUCGAUCUAAGGACUCUUGUAGCCGAAACAAAAAAACAAACCUCACAAGAAUCAACAAUCUCUCCAACUGCUUCAGUAGCACAUCUUCCUGGAAUAGAUACUUCUCUACCGACGCUUCUAAUAUCAGAAUGCUGCCUGAUCUAUCUAUCUCCGCAUGAUGCAGAUUCUGUGGUGGAUUAUUUUGCCAAAAAAGUUUUUCCAAACACAACCCCUUUAGGGUUAGUUAUUUAUGAGCCAAUUCGCCCAGACGAUCCAUUCGGAAGAACAAUGGUGUCUAAUCUAGCAGCAAGAGGAAUUCAAUUGCAAACUCUACACAAAUACUCAUCAUUGAAAGCGCAGAAACAACGGCUACGAGAUCAUGGGUUUGAUACUGGACAGGAGGUAGCUGAUAUUGACUUUAUUUGGAACCGUUGGAUUAGUGAGGGGGAGAAGGAACGGGUUGCGAUGUUGGAAAUGCUGGAUGAGAUCGAAGAAUGGAGAUUACUAGCGCAGCAUUAUUGUAUUGCGUGGGGUUGGCGCGAUUCAGAGGAGGGGCAUUUCAUUGAUUGGAAUGUCAUAGAAAAGCAAAACUCCGACAUCUGA